ACAGAUUGAGGUACUGUAUAGUAGCUUCCAGCCACAGCGCUCCAGCCGGACACCGUACUACCGCCCAGCACUACGUCGGUCCUCAAGAUCUCCUAAUGGCCCCCUCCACUACCGUCCCAAGUGUCGCGGACAUUGAAGUCCCCGAGACUCUCCUCAAAAAGCGCAAGCAGAACGAAAAGGCCCGGGAGGAGAAGCUUGUGGCAGCGGCUGCUGCACGGAAGGCGGCCAAGGCUAAGCGCAAGGUCAUCUUCAAGCGCGCUGAGGCCUAUGUGAAGGAGUACCUUGGUCAGGAGAAGGAGGAGAUUCGCUUGAAGCGGGCAGCCCGCGCUGCGGGCGACUUCUACGUGCCUGCACAGGCGAAGGUUUACUUCGUUAUCCGUAUCCGGGGAAUCAACGAAAUUGCACCAAAGCCCCGCAAAAUCUUGCAGCUCCUUCGUCUGCUCCAGAUCAAUAAUGGUGUCUUCGUCAAGGUCACCAGGGCGACUGAGCAGAUGCUUCGUCUCGUCGAACCUUACAUCGCAUACGGCGAGCCGAACUUGAAGUCCGUUCGUGAGCUGAUAUACAAGCGCGGCUAUGGCAAGGUCGAUAAGCAGCGCAUUCCUCUCACGAACAACGGCGUCAUUGAGGCCGCGCUCGGCAAGUACGACAUCCUUUCUGUUGAGGAUCUCGUACACGAGAUAUCCACCGCCGGCCCCAACUUCAAACAGGCGUCAAACUUCCUUUGGCCCUUUAAGCUUUCCAACCCGACUGGUGGCUGGAGGACGCGUAAAUUCAAGCACUAUGUGCAGGGCGGAGACUUCGGCAACCGGGAGGAAAACAUCAACAAGCUUGUCCGGCAGAUGAACUAGACGUAGGGUUCGGCGUUGCCGGCUCCGGAUGGAGUUACAUCUCGCAUGCAUACAUCUUCGAUUCGUAGACCAUGCUCUUCCUGUUGUAUGCAGUACUAUGACAUUCAUGAGCGCGAAACUACGAAUGUUUUGUCUCUAAUCACUACGCUAGGGACGAUAGCAGGGUGCGCACAGAACCGUUGGCUCUAAGCCAGGAAGCAUCACGCAAGCUGUACCAUUUAGUACUCAUAGUGAGAGUCCCGUUCACUAUGUCGACCCGAGGGUCAUGCUUGUGCGCCGUGUCAACUUGAAUACUAG